AUGGAUGCCCAAGCGCCUGCUGCUCGUCGACAGGUAUUCUUAAAGUAUCGUGAGCUUUUCACUGGUAAGAAUGUACGAAAAAGAAAGGCUAUACGCAAAAUUCUCCUCAAAAACUUGCCUGAACUAGAAGCGUCUGCCGGUGACGCGCAUAUUAACAACAUCAUCUCAAUCCUCAAGUCUCUUCUUGAGGAUGGCGUUUUCCAAUCUGAGGAGAUAGCAAGCAAACACUUUCCAGACCUCAUCAUAGGACCACCCUCGGAAAUAGCAGCCGGAAACAUCUCAAAAAAACGUAAGGCGUCGCCUACAAGGUCAAUCAAUGUUAAACGAAUGGUGCAAAUCGAGGCUAUCGACAAAUCAAGUCCUGAGGUUACAGCCGGAAUUUCUACUACCAACAGCUCAGGAAACAGGCCCUCUUACGUAACUCCGCGACCAUCUGCAUUUCCCUACAACGUUCAACAUUAUAUCCUAUCGCUAUCUCAGCAGAUCCUUGAAGAAGCAUGCUUCCGAUUCGUGAAGAGGUGGCUUCCUUCCUUGCUUGAAAAGUGUGGCUGGGUUUGUGCAGCUGCGGUCGAGCUUACAAAGUGGGUGCGUGUCAUCAAGAAGCAUCUAGACAUUCUGCCUAGCGGUUGCAUGAAUACCGAACAACAAAAGCGUUUCAAAGAAACCUUACCAUGCAUUAAUCGAUUACGCCACACCGCGGUUCAUCGCCUGCAUCUUACCUCCGUUCAGUUGCUAAAGCAAGUUCACUCCGCGCAUAUACUAGCUGAAGUUUUGCAAGACAGCGAGUGCAGAAAUAAAUUGCAAACCAUACAUUUCAGGAUGGAUAUGUGUGUCAAGAAUAUGGACCAUGAUAUGGAAGCAAUGGAGCAAGAAGCAGAACGUAGAGCCCGUCAGCUGGAGCAAAUGCUGCGGACAACUUUCGCACAACAGCAGAAGAAACUAUCUUCAGCCGCAGGCCAAGGCCUGAUUGAUUCCAUCACCACAGAAUUUGGACUCCCCCGCCCGAAUGCGGCAGCAGAGAUCAAGGCCACAUUCACAUGGGACGAGCAUACUGGAAAUACUGGAGGCACAAUACUCAUUGAUGAGGACGACAUCGAGAGUGACGAGAACCGGUUGCAAACGGAAUUGUAA